ACAGGAGCAAAGGUCAGUCAAUCUCUCUCUCUCUCUCUCUCUCUCUCUCUCUCUCUCUCUCUCUCUCUCUCUCUCUCUCUCUCUCUCUCUCUCUCUCUCUCUCUCUCUCUCUGCCCCUACAGAUUCCCACGCUGCUGUACCACGGGAUGGAGAGUGAGAGAGUGGAGAAGAGGGAGCUGAUCAGAAGGGCUGUGGAAGUGGAAGGGUGCCCUGUCCGAGUCCUGCCAGUCCUGUUAUGACGUCCUAUGAGGGAGAAGACAACAUCGAGUACUUUUUGGGCCUCACACCAGCUGGGGUCGUUGUACUCAAAAAUAAGGCGAAAGUGGGGAAUUAUUUUUGUCCGAGAAUUUCCAAGGUGUAUUUUCGUGGGAGAUUUUUCAGAGUGAAAGAUAAAAAUAGCUUGGAGAACACCUACGGCUUGGAGACACCCAGUAAGUCAGCCUGUAAACACCUGUGGCAGUGCUUCUUCAGAUUGACUCAAGCUUCUGGGAAUUCUACGGAUGCUGUCUUCUCCCUUGGAGCUAAGAUUGGGUCACAGCAAGAAGGAUGGUGAGGUGAGGCAGGCCAGGCUCAACUCAAGGAUGCAGCCAGAAUUUACAAGGAUGCCAAGUAGGAGAUACCCAGUAAGUCAGCCUGUAAACACCUGUAGCAGUCUCCCUGCCCCUCCCUGCCUCCCCCAGAGCUUGGAGAACACCUACGGCGUGGAGACACCCAAUCAGGCAGCAGCAAGCCUCAGUGGGCCCAGGUCACAGUGGGUCACACUCAGGUCAGAGGUCACAUGGCCACAGUGCACGACCUGACACACAAGAGUGGGUACCACCCUUCAGGUGUGGACACGGAGGUUGACUCCCUCCACCACCACCACCACCACCACCACUCGGCUAACAAGAAACAACAUCACAAACACCGUAACUCCAGUGAUUGGAAGGCUACCCUCCCCCUGUGGAUGGAGAGAGCCCUCCCCUCCAUACACGCCAUCCACGCACUCCAAGAACCAUACACUUCCGAAGGGCUGCAGUAAGGUGCAUGUGUGUGUGUGUGUGUGUGUGUGUGUGUGUGUGUGUGUGUGUGUGUGUGUUGUUGUUGUUGUUGUUGUUGUUGUUGUUGUUGUUGUUGUUGUUGUUGUUGUUGUUGUUGUUGUUGUUGUUGUUGUUGUUGUUGUUGUUGUUGUUGUUGUUGUUGUUGUUGUUGUUGUUGUUGUUGUUGUUGUUUUGCAGGAGGGGACAGUGGAGGGAAGAAUACCAGAUGGAGCUGUAGGAGGCAGAGAAGGAGGAGGAGGAGGAGGAGGAGGAGGCUUCAGCUCAAAGGCAUUAUAUUGUAAAAAAAAAAUGUGUGUGUGUGUCCAGUUCUUCCUUUCUUCCUUCCUCCUCCUCCUCCUCCUCCUCCUCCUCCUCCUCCUCCUC